AGUAUUGGCACCACUGCUGGGCUGUCAGAUUGCUCGAGGUGAAGUGGCGUAAUAAGAAAUUUUUUCCUUGUGAAAAUCUCGAGAAUCCAGGAUGUCUGGGCAACCAUUCUUGCGGAAUAUCUUCACGGACCUCACGGCGUCCAUCCCCAAUUGCCAGCACUACGACAAGUGCGGCGAGAGGGAGAUUGAUAUGAUGGAGUGCCUGGAGGCGUACGGAACGGACAGAGGGCGACUGAAGUGUGCCGAUCUGAUUCACGACUUCCAGGAGUGCGUGGGCAGGAAGAAGCAAAUCCUGCGCUUCCACGCCAUGCGCAGCGAGAGGCACCGUCAGUGGUGGAAGGGCGAGCGCAGCAGCGAGGAGCACUACGCCAAGGCGCCCCGUGUGGAUGCCUAUUGAUCUGUGUGUCCGGAAAGUGCUAGAGUGUCAAUAGAGAAUUAUGAUAUUGUGGGA